AUGUCUCACCGCGCUCCGUUCGUCGUCCCGGCGCUCAAGAAGCACACCGCCACCGUGAUCAUGGCCCACGGGCUGGGUGACAGUGGCGCCGGCUGGAUGGCGCUUGCCCAGAACUGGCGCCGCCGCGGCAAGUUCGACGAGGUUGCCUUUAUCUUCCCCAAUGCUCCCAUGAUCCCGAUCACAGUGAACUUUGGUAUGAGUAUGCCUGGGUGGUACGACAUUGCUAAGCUGGGCCGCGAUCUCGACUUCGAAGAGUCCCUCCGCACCCAAGACGAGGCCGGCAUCCUGCGCUCGCGUGAAUACUUCAACACACUCAUCAAGGAGCAGACCGACAAGGGCAUCAAGCCCUCGCGCAUCGUGCUGGGCGGGUUCUCGCAAGGUGGCGCCAUGUCCGUGUUCUCCGGUCUCACGAACAAGGAGAAGCUGGGCGGAGUGUUUGGGCUGUCAUGCUACUUGCUUCUCAGCGACCGCAUCAAGAACUACAUUGCCGAGGACUGGCCCAACAAGAACACGCCGUUCUUCCUGGCGCAUGGAUAUGAUGACGAGGUCGUGCAGUUUGACUACGGCGAGCGGUCGGCGAAGAUGCUGAAGGAUCUGGGCUUGGAGGAUGUCUCGUUCAACAGGUACCCUGAUCUCGGUCACUCGGCUGACCCCGCGGAGAUUGAUGACUUGGAAAAGUUCCUUGAGAAGACUGUCCCGCCCGAGGGCGACGGCCAAGCCUCUGCUGGGUUAUGA